AUGACUCAGAUCGACAUCGUGAAGCUUUGGGCGAUUAUGCUGCGCAAUUCAAACGACCUGUUUAUCGCCCAGUCGACGUCGCGCAAGUUUUUGGACACGAUCGAGGACCUGCUGUCGUCUGCACGCACCUCGCCCGUUGUACGCGAACGUCUGUUGGAAGUUGUCGCAGCUGCGGCGUAUGCUAGUGGGAAUAAAAAAGGGAGUGAUAGAGAAGGAUUUAAAGGGUUGUGGCGGCGCGUCAAGCCAUUCGAUAAACCUGAUGAGGGAGUGCCAUUUGAUACUGACGACGCGAUGUUUAAUCCACCGACUGCGACGACCGUAGGCGGCCGAGUGUCGGGCUUUGAUGUGCCCACUGUAUUGUACCAGGAAGCUAGCCCGCUGCCUGAGGAUUCGGCGCCCAAUACGCCUGUACCCAACCCGCAUCUAAACGCGAACCCGAAUGGCAAGAGACGCAAAUCGCCGACACGCAACAACCGGAUUAUACCAUUGGACGAAGACAUGCGGAGGCUUUUCCAGGAGUGCAAGAUCGCUCAGGGCAAUGCGUCGUUGCUUGCUCAAGCCCUGGCGCUGGCAAAGCCGGAGGAGUUGAAGAAGCAGGAUAUUAUCAAGGAGUUCUAUGCGAAAUGUAGGGCGUCACAAGAGCUUAUAUUUGCGCAGAUCCCAUGGGCGUCGUCGCUUGCGGAAAAGUCUAUUGCGAUGCGAGAUAAAGAUCGGGAUAGGGAUAAGCAUGGGCGUAGCCGUAAAGUCUCUUCCAAUGACUCGCAUACCAACAACACAGCUGCGGUUAAUGGGAAAGCAACGGACCCGCCUCCGCCGCUGGAUGCAACUAUUGAGGAACAGCUGCUGGCUGCGUUACUUGCAGCGAACGCGGAGCUUAUGGAGGCACUUAAGGUGUAUGAUGACCUCAAGCGGGUUGCAUUGGAGAGGCGGAUUGAGGAUCAAAGUCGGAGGGAUGCGAGGAGUGCGCGGAGGUGCACCCUUGUGCUGGCGACGGGAUGUCGGGCCCGCGACCAGCUGCCGGCCGAGCCGCUGGGAAGCGACGCAGCGUUUGGCAGCCGCGAGCGCGAACGAUCGCGGUCGAGAUCAAGAACACCCUCGCCGGAGUCCCGUUCGAACUCGCCGUACCCGUCGACACUCACUCAGCCAAACCCACACCCACAUCCACAAAUUCACGCCCAUGCCCCUCCUGCACACACACAUGCGCACGUCCAGCCCCGCUCACUCCCUGUCCCGAUGUCGCUCCCCGACCCCGAGCAAAACCUCGCGCCGCCCCCUGCGGCGCCGCACGGGCCCCGCCUGCCUGCACAUGGCGCGUCAUCGCAGCAUUCCGUGCGCUCGGUGCAUUCGCGGACGCCAUCGCCCGGUUCCCCCGCACGGGAUAAGUUUGGGAAUGGGAACACGAAGUAUUAUGCAGACUCGGUGUCGUCACACACUGCUGUUGUUAAUGGGAAUGUGCAGGGAGAUGGGGAAGAGGAAGAAGAGGAAGAAUACUUUUACCCGACGAAGCCGAGUGCGAAGGCGCUGGGCAAGCGGAAGUUAGUCGAGCCUGAGCCGGAUCCCACCUUCCCCGCCUCGGGCAAUGGGGCCUCAUUCGACCCAGACGAUAUAUACUACGGCAUCGGCGGCGGUGCGGGGGGUGGGGGAGGAAGAGAUCAUCCACCAUUUGGCGUCGGGGCGGGACACGACGACGACGACGAUGAGGACGAUGAUAGUAGAGGUAGGGAGUACACUUUGUUCCGCCCCAAAGUCAACUUUGUGUAUGAUGCUGUGGCGGAGAGGGAGAUGAUGCGGAUGCGGAUGUUGCAGGAACAGCAGCAACAACAGCUUGUGGCAACAAAUGGCGUGCAUUAA